AUGUUUCGUGGAGGUGAACUGUCGAAGAGUAACGAGAUGAAUUCUCGUCGGGUACGCCGAUCAGAGGAGGAGGAAGAGGGAGCGGUGGCGGCGCCUGCGCUGCUGCUGGUGGCUGGCUGCGACUGCGGCGGCGUCGGCGGCGGCGGCGGUGGCUACGAGAGCGGAGCAGGUCGUCCUCGUCGAGGCAAGUGGUCGACUGAUGCUAAUGGCGCGUCGAAGGGGGCCUGCCGUCGAGAGCCGAUUCCCGAAUCCGAACGAACAAAGCUGAACAAAGAUGCAACCGAUCGACUGGCAUGUCCGGUUGGAUGCAAAAUUCAUAUUGUUCAACAAACACAUUCAUUGAAUAGAAAAUGUCUGAAUUUCUCAACAUUCGGCAAAUACUUCGAUGCCACAACAAAGGACUGGUAUAUUUGGUUUUGUGAUCCAUGCAAAGCAGUUUUCAAGACGAAUUGCGAAUAUGAAGAGUAA